AUGGCGUCCGCUCAGCUGGAAAAGUCAACAGACGAGGUCGUCUCGGCUGGCCCCAUCAUCAUCGAGGAGCCUCACAGCCGCAAGCAAGACGCCGACAUCCUGGGGGUCGACGAGAAAGCUGACGCAAACCUCGACACCCUGUACACCCUGACCAACGAAAAUGGCGAGGAAGAGGUCGUCGACGAGGAUGAUCCCCGGAUCAAGGACAUCCCGCCGUACGUCAGGCGCAUCGUCAGCUUCACAAACGAUCCCACGGAGCCGACGCUGACGUUUCGCUACUUCCUCCUGACCAUCCUCUUCGUCGCCCCCGGUGCCUUCUUGUCGCAGAUGGCCCACUACCGAACGACGUAUGCCCCCUACUCCGUCUUCUUCGUCCAGAUCGCUUCCAACUACGUCGGCGUAUGGCUGGCCAAGGUGCUUCCCGCCUGGUGGGUAGGCAUCCCGGGCACCAAAUGGGGCUUCAGCCUCAACCCGGGCCCGUUCAGCACCAAAGAGCACGUCCUGGUGACCAUCUCGGCCGCCUCCGGCGCGACGUACAACCUGGGCUUCACCCCCAUCUCCAUGUCCGAGCUGUACUUCAACGAGCCCGUCAACGGCGCCGUGGCGACCUUUUUCAUGCUGGCCAUCACCUGGACGGGCUACUCGUACGCGGCGCUGGCCCGGCAGUUCCUCAUCUACGACCCGCAGUACCCCUGGUUCCAGUCGCUGUGCCAGACGGCCCUCUUCGAGACGCAGAAGAAGCAGCGCGAGAGCCCGAGCCGCGCCUCGCGCAAGCAGAUGGUCGUCUUCUUUGCCGUCAUGGGCGCCGUCAUCCUGUGGCAGUUCCUGCCCGAGUUCGUCUUCCCCUUCCUCGGCUCCCUGGCCUUCCUGUGCUGGGUCGCGCCGCACAACAAGACGGCCAACUUUGUCGGCGCGGGAUUCGGCGGCAUGGGGUUCCUCAACCUGUCGCUUGACUGGUCGAGCAUCUCGACAAACGGCAGUCUGUUCCUGACGCCCUGGUGGACGCAGGUCGUGCUGUUUGCCGCGUUUGUGGUCAACUGCUGGAUCCUGAUUCCCGCAGCCAAGUUUGGCGGUCUCGGGGAGUGGCACCAUGCUCUCAUGUCCAACCGUGUCUUUUUGGAAAACGGAACGGCCUACCCCCUGACCGACCUCCUGACGGCGGAUGCCAAGCUGAACGAGACUGCGUACGAACAGUAUGGAGAGCUCUAUGUCGGUGUGCAGAGUUUGUGGAGCAUGUUCUUCGACUACGCCUCCUACUCGUCCGCUCUCGUCUGGAUGCUGCUCUUCGGCUGGCCGCAGAUCAAGGAGAGCUUCAGGAAGCUCAAGGAGCGGUCGACCAAGAAGGACUCGGGCAAGAUCACGGAGCAGUACAAGGACCAGAUCAACAUCCUGCAGCGGCCGUAUGACGAAAUUCCUUUCUGGUGGUUUGCCGCCCUCUUCUUGGUCUCCUUCAUCAUGCUCAUCGUCAUGGUCGCGAAGAACUUGCUGUUCAUCCCCGUGUGGACGUACUUUGUGGCCAUUGCGACGGGCGCUCUCGUUGUCGUGCCGCUGGGCUGGCUGUAUGCCCUGUCCAACUUUCAGCUGCCCAUCGGAACCACGAAUGAGCUCCUGUACGGCGUCAUGGUCAACGCCGUGUCCGGCUUCAAGAACCCCUGCGGUGCCUCGACAUACGGCGCCAUCGCGGGAGACGCCUGGUACCGCGCGCAGCUCAACCUCCAGGACAUGAAGAUUGGACACUACAUGCACGUGCCCCCCAAGGCCGUCUUCUUCUCGCAGGUCUUUGGCUCGGCCAUUGGCAUUCCCAUCGACUACGCCGUCAUCCGCUGGGUCAUCGACACCAAGCGGGAUUACCUGUCGGGCGCCAAGGAAGAUCCCACCCACCAGUGGACCGGCCAGUCUCUCGCCUCGUCGCUGACGUCCGGCGUGCAGUAUGUGCUCGUCGGCCCCAGCCGCCUCUUCAAGCAGGACAUCUACAAACCCGUGCCCUACGGCUUCCUCGUCGGCGCCGUGUGCCCCGUCGUCAUCUUCCUCCUGCACAAGAUGUUCCCGCGGGCCAAGUUCCAGCUGUGGAACACCACCAUCUUCUUCUCGGCCAUGUCGCUCUUCUACGGCAACAUCAGCACGGGCUACACGUCGAGCUUCAUCGGCGGCUUCGUCGUCAUGUUCCUGGCGUACCGCUACCGCUACGACCUGUGGGCGCGGUGGAACUACAUCCUGGCGGCGGCGUUUGACGCGGGCUUCAACUUUAACAUGCUGCUCAUCUUCUUGUGCUUUGGCGCGGGCAAGAUUAUCGAGAUGCCCAACUGGUGGGGGAACAAUGCGGAGAGCAGCGAGAGGUGCUUUGCGCUGGAUGAUGAUUGA